CAUAUGUGGUAACAAAAGUCCGCAGAAAGGUCGGCCGAACCUUCGGGUGCAGACCCCUAAUAAGGAAGCACAAAAUAAUAAUAUAAUGGUUUUUUAUUUUCCAAAGGCAAAGGGUUUUCCCUAUAACAAUAUAUAAUUAGGGAUUUCCUGUCUUAGCUUGAUCUUUCAGACUUUCUUGUGAGAUUUCAAAAACACCCAUUUUCUGGGAGUUUUGGAAAAGGAAGGGAAAAGAAAGGAAAUUAAAUGGAUGCAAAGAAUGAGAGAAAGGCAGCCGGAGAGGAGAGCGUCUUGCCGGGUUUCCGGUUUCAUCCGACCGAUGAAGAGCUGGUGGGGUUUUAUCUGAGGAGGAAGAUUCAACAGAAGCCUCUCUCCAUUGAGCUCAUCAAACAACUGGACAUCUAUAAAUUUGAUCCAUGGGACCUUCCUAAGCUGGCGGGAGGUGGAGAGAAAGAGUGGUACUUCUACUGCCCGAGGGACAGGAAGUACAGGAACAGUGCGCGGCCGAACCGGGUGACGAAGGCCGGGUUUUGGAAGGCGACCGGAACGGACCGGCCGAUCUACUCCUCCGACAACUCAAAAUGCAUCGGACUAAAGAAAUCCCUUGUGUUCUACAAAGGUAGAGCCGCCCGAGGGAGCAAAACGGACUGGAUGAUGCACGAGUUUCGCAUGCCGUCGUCUCCCGAAAACCACCACCUUCCCACCCACAAACGGGUCUUUGAAAAGGUCAUCCCUCCAAGUGAUGCAUGGGCAAUAUGUAGGAUUUUCAAAAAAGCAAGCUCCAAUGUACACAGGGCACUUUCUCAUCAAUCAUGGGUAGUUUCAUCUCCAAUUCCCCAAACUCCCUUUCAAGAAGUCUUAACCCUAGACACCCACAACAACACUCAUGCUCACACUAAUAAUAGCACUUGUUCAACCCUCCAAUUUCAUUGCACCAAUGGCUUCAAAUUCUCUACCGACAUCGCCGCCAACGCCACCCCUCAGCCACUAGAUCUCCUCCGCCCCUUCAACAACGCCUCCCCGAGCUACAACGCAUUUCCUUCGACCCUAUUCGCACAUCAUCAAACACCACUCCCCACCAACAACAUUGCUAAUGACGCUUCUUCCUUUUUGCUUGAAAUGUCAAGUUCAGUGUUUGGAGACUGUGGUGGUGGAUUAGUCGCCAACGGCUUUCCGGUGGCGCCACCUCCAGAAAACCUUACGGAGGGGAGCCAAAAGGGAGAAGGUAAGACUGUGGUGGAUGGAAAUGAACCCCCAGAUAUAAUUGAUGAUUCCAUUAGGUUUUCUUUCAAUGGCUUCCCUUUGAGCAUGGGGUCUGACACUAAUGCAUGCAAGUCUAGUGUGGUUUGGGAAUCUUCACCCUGUCCAAGUGAAAUCUCAUCCAGUUAUUCUACUAACACAAGUGCUACACUUGAGCACUUGUUAUAAUAUACAAUAAACUUCCUUAUAUGUAUUCCAUAUUUGUAAGCUUCUCCCAGCUGGUGAGAAAGUGUAGUACUCUUUGAUGUAUUACUAGUCAACUUUACUAGUUUACUUCUGAGAAUAAUUACAUCUCUUUUUGGAACUGGGAUGGUCAUAUUUACCAGCAGCAUGAACUUGAUCUUUCUUCGUGAUUAAAUGCUGAAAACAAUUUUUACAUGUGGUUUAAAUGUAAUAAAGGUGUGUAGUUCGAUCAAAUGUAUGUUAAACUAAUA